AUGAGUCGUGGUAUAAUAAAUGUUAUUGAUAAUAUUUUAUGGCCACCUGAAAGACGUGAUCAAAUACAAUUUAAAACUGCUUAUGAUGCUCUUGAAGAUGCUCAAUUUUCACGUCUACGACAAUUAGCUGAUCGUAGUGAUUAUUUUCGAUCAGAAUUACGUUCAAUGCAUCAUCAAACAUGGUUUUUACCAAAUGAUCAAGCAUUUGCUAGUUUAGGUGCAAAUGCACAAUUUCUAUUUGAACAAUCUCUUAUGAAUAAUACAAAUGAUAUUAAUGAUUUUAUUAAAUCACAUAUUGUACCGAUAGUACUUUAUCCAAGUGUAAUGGAUGCAAGUAAACAAUUAAGUACAUUAAAUCGUGGUAAAUGGGUAACAUUUCGUAAACUCACACAAACAGAUCAAACAUUUCAAAUUGAUGUUAUUUCAAAUCGACAAGUUGCACGUAUAUUAUCAUCACGUACAGAAGAUAUUAAAAUCUAUGGUAAUGGUGUUGUUUAUCCAAUUCCAACAUUUCUUAGUGGUAUAGCUCGAUCAGCUGCUGAUGAACUUGCACGAAGUUAUCAAUAUUUUAUGGCUCUUGUUCAACAAUCUGGCGAUACAGAAUUAGUUAAUUUAUUACAAGGUAAUACAGCUGGUUUAGGUAAUACAGGUCCAAAUGCAUUAAAUCCAGAAAAUUUACUUACAAUUACUGUACUUAUACCACAACAAAUAUCUGUACAACAAUUAGGAAAUUCUCAGGAUCUUAGUAUGAAUUUACGUCGACAUAUUUUACGUUUUCCUGUUUAUACCGAUCAAUUAUCGACUAUGUCAAAUCCAUUUAGUCAACAACAAUCAUUUAUGGUACCACAACAACCAUUUAUUCCACCAGGCUAUCCAGCGCCACAAUUUCAACGAUCUGCUUCUAGUUCAAACAAAAAACAACCACAACGUCAUCGUCGUCGGCGUCGACAAUUAAAUAUGCCAUCAAAUAUAAAUUUUCAACAACAACAAAAUUUUCCUAUUCAGCAACAACAACCGCAAACAUUUCCUGGACAACAGCAGCAACAAAACUUACCUAUUCAACAACAACAGACUUUCUCUAGACAACAACAGAAACAAAUGUUACCUGUUGAACAACAAACUUUUCCUAUGCAGCAACAGCAACAAAAUUUUCCUAGGCAACAACAGCAACAGAAUUUACCUAAUCAACAGCAAACUUUUCCUAUGCAACAACCGCAACAAAAUUUACCUAUUCAACAGCAGCAGCAAACUUUUCCUAGACAGCAACAGCAACAAAACUUACCUAUUCAACAACAACCAAUGUUGCCUGUUCAACAACAGCAACAGAAUUUAGGUAUUCAACAACAACAGACUUUCUCUAGACAACAACAAAUGUUGCCUACUGAACAACAAACUUUUUCUAUGCAACAACCGCAACAAAAUUUACCUAUUCAACAACAACAGCAAACUUUCCCUAGACAGCAACAGCAACAAAACUUACCUAUUCAACAACAACCAAUGUUACCUGUUCAACAACAGCAGCAGAAUUUAGGUAUUCAACAACAACAGACUUUGUCUAGACAACAACAAAUGUUACCUACUGAACAACAAACAUUUUCUAUGCAACAACCGCAACAAAAUUUACCUAUUCAACAACAACAGCAAACUUUCCCUAGACAGCAACAACAACAAAAUCUACCUAUUCAACAGCAACAAAUGCUACCAACACAACAACAACAAAUGAUGCCUACUCAACAAUUGUUACCAACACAAAAACAACAAAUGUCAUCCAAACAACAAAUGUUACCCGAACAGCCAAUGUUUCCCAAUCAGCAGUUUUUACCAGAUCAACAACAGCAAAUGUUGCCUUCUCAACCAUUAUUUCCAAAUCAACAAUUGUUACCGAAUCAACAACAAUUGAAUCCAGCUCUUAAUCCAAACUAUUAUCAAAUGCCAUUAUAUCCAACUUCAACUGUUUUUCAAGAUGGACAAAUUUAUCCUACUAUGGAUCCACAGUUUUCUAUUCAAGCACAAAUAUCUUCUGGACCGAAUGGAAAUGUGGUAACACUUGUUGGUCGACCAGAAAAUUCAUUACCAUUUACAGCUGCGAUCCUUAAUACUGAAUCGAAUAUACCAAUUAAAAAUGGUGUUAUGCAUGUAAUUCGAGGUAUUCUAUCCGGUAUGGUUAUUCCAUUGGACACAGUUCUUUCAACAAUGCAAGGAGCUAGUUCAUUUACUCAAUUACUUCAACAAACAGGUGUACUUGAUCAAUUGAAACAAUCAGGACGUCCUUAUACUCUAUUCAUCCCAACAAAUGCUGCUCUACAAUCAAUUGGUGUAACAACAAAUACAAAUCAAAUAAGACAAUUUGUUCUUCGUCAUGUAUGUGCUGAUGUACUUCUGGAUCCCAUGGCUAAUAUAUUACGUCGUUCAGGAGGUUAUUAUAGUCGUGGUCAAAUGCCACGAGCUCAACAACGGCAACAACCACAACCACAGCAACAACAACGCCGAACUCGUCGAAAACGACAAGAUUGGGCUGAUACAUGGAGAAAUGGAACCAUGACGGUAGGUAGACAACCUAUGAAAGCAUCUGAUCUUGGUCCAGGUUACUUUCAACCACAAGAACAAGUCUAUGGUGGAUAUCCAGCUGCUCCAUCACCCUUUGGUUCUUAUAAUCAAUUAUAUAAUCCAGCAUAUGUUAUGAGUGGUUAUGCUAAUCCAAAUUCUGAAUAUUAUCCAUAUAGUAAUGGAAGUAAUGCAGGUGCUGAACAUUUUUAUUAUCAGUCUGUGGGUGUUCCUUUUGGAAAACCAAUGUCUGACGCUGCUUGGAAUAGUACAUUUGGUGCUUUUUAUAAUCCACAAAUGAAUGUUGUACCAAUGACGGGAGGAUCUGGUAGUGAUCCAAGUUAUUAUACAGGUACAGGUGGAUUUUAUAGUGGUUCGAGUUAUGUUGCCGGACCACAAUCAUGUAUGGCUAUGACAGGUGAACGUAUUACAGUUCAACCAUUAGCUGGCACUCAAUUAGCAGGUUUGUAUAAAAUAUAUUGAAGAAUUUGAUAAAAAGUAUGAAUUUAUAAUAGAAAAAAAUCCAGUAAAUAAAACGGGUUUGUUUAUCACUAAUGAUGAUUAUUUCACAAGCUUUAUUUAGAUGCACUAUUUUUAAAUUUAUAUUAUUUAAAAUGAAUACAAAGUUGUAUAUUUUGCAAUUAGAUAUUUACUAUAUAGAAAAACAAGUGUUAGAAAAAAAAUUUAAAGAUUGAUGUUCUUAUUUCAGAAAAUAGAAACAAAAUAAAAGAUUUGUCUCUAUGCGAAAUUUCAAGUCGAAAUUUGUAAAACAAUUUUUCUGGAUUAUACCAUUCAUUUAAAAAUUACCGUAAAAAAAACCAAUAUCUCCAUAGCAAUAAUCUAUGGACAUGAACUCUUUUAAGAGUAUUCACACCUCAGUAUACAUAAUACACAUAGUUUCGAUUGAAAAGCAAUUUAGCAACUGAAUGAAUUUUACACAAUUAAAAUAAAACUCACAUAUUUAUUUUUUUUUUUUGUAGGUGGUAAUGAAGCUAUGAAUUAUCAAAGUAAGUCAAUUUAAUUUAAGGGUACCCCCCCCCCUCUUUUUUGACCAUUUCUAGAUCUCAAAGAUGGUAAGGCCGAUCGAAAUGAAAUUUUUACCACAAAUAGAACACCUAAAAUGAUGAGACACGUGUUCGAGGAAAAAAUUUUCUAAGGCGGUUUUCAUGGUUUUUUAUGAA